AAGAUCACAUAUCACAUAUAAAGUGGGAUAGAUAGCGUCAAAAUACAGCAAGUUAUACAAGCAUUUACAUUCUUUUUAGACAUUCGUUGUGGAUGGUAUCUCAUUGAAUCUUUAAAAUCCUGAAGUCAUGGAACUAAUAUACGGCGGUCAACAAUUACGUAAAGAACGAAGCUGCGCAAAAUGCCAUAAAGUGGAGCCGGUUGAAACUUUCAAUAAUCUGGAACCCGGUGAUCAUAUUUCAAUGAAAGGUGAUAUGUUUUCCAAAACAAAAUCUCGAAAUGUAACAAGAUAUCUUUAUACCCAUCAUGCUAUCGUUGAUGAAGUACGACAUACGACUGAUGACGGAAAAGGGGCCAUCGUUCAGGUUUACCAUGUCAUGCCUCCUGCGCCUGAAGGUGACAGUAACCAAGGCAGUAAGUGUGUGCGGAAAGAAACGAAAGCUCUUGAUGUUAAUACUAACGAUAUACAAAAAAUUUCAUAUAAUGAACCUUUUUACGAAAAAAAUGAAAUUAGAGACAGGGCUGAAAAAUUCUACUCCAAUGGAGAAAUUAAUGAUUACAAGGUAAUUUCCAACAACUGCGAACAUUUCUGUCAUAAUUGCAGUACAGGUGAUAAGAGUAGUAACCAGGCUUUACGUUUAUCAGAUGGUUGUAGAUAUGUCAUUGAGAGUGUGUUUUUAAGUGGUCCUAAGUUUUUAAGGAUUUUGUUGAAGAUUCUGAUUUUGAGCACAGAUGAUUUUAUGAGAAAUGUUUACAUAGCCGGGGGUGUACUUGGUUUUCUUCUGUUUGUUUAUUUCCUUUUGGUAAUAAUGCUGAAUACCCAAUGUGCAUUUUUCUUUUGUUAUUCAACAAAAGAAUGUUGUUGCUGUGUACACUCUUCUAAUUGUUGUACAAAUUACCCUCUUUGUAUUUGCCUUAAAUGUUCCUGUUGUCAUGAAUACUCAUCACUGAAUUGCAGUGGUUGUUGUCGUGUCAGUUGUUGUCAACUAAAAAAAGACGAAAAAUGGUAUUGCAAAAUGUGUCAUGACAAAAAGAAAUGUCUGAGGUGUUAUCAAUUUCUAGUGACUUUAGUUUGUCAAGUGGUAGGCUACGCAUUAAUGGUCUGUAUGAUAAAUAAAAAUAUAUCGAAUAGCAUAAUCAUUGGUUCUGGCGUUGGCAUCAGCAUUUUGAACAUAAUUUUGUACAUUUCACUUCCACCAUGUUUGUUUCGAAUAUGUUGUUGUAAAAAGUGUCUCUGUUAGGGAUUUUAUAGGAUUCUUAUGUUCAAGAAAUGUAUUCUUAUUCAACAUUGUUUCACUUUGUCAAAGAUUGUUUGCAAAUUAUUACAAAUUCUUUAAACGAACAAAUUAAGGAUCUUUACAAAGUGUUUUUUUCUUCUUCAUAAUAUUCAUAACCAAGACGAAUGAUCUUUAAAAAAAUAUUACAAAAAUACAUUGUUAUUCUUUAAAUGAUUAGCAGCAAAUCUAAAGCAUUAAAUAGUCGUACAAGCAUGGACUAUGUUAAGUAAAAGUCGGAAAAUCUGCACUAAAUUAUAUUCUUUAAUGUCGUCUUCUUCACUUAAAUGUGAAACCUUUGUUGUGUUAUUAUUAUCAUUAUUAUUAUUAUUGUUAUUAUCAUGUUAAUAUUGUUGUUGUUUCAAAGACAUGUAAUCUUUGAUAAUUUCAAUGUGGUUAUAUACAUGUAUACUGUGUACUGUGUAUACUAAACUAAAAUUGUACUCGGGUGGAAAAUUGGAACAUUUGUGAUAACAGGAUUAGUCGACUUUGUUUUAUCUAAAAUGACACUUGUGUAAUCUACUUGAUAGAAGCUUUGGACUUUGUCAUACAUUAUAAAAUGUUGAAUUUUAAUACAUGUUAUCAAUUUAGAUAUCCAGGUAGAAUACUGAUGGUUCUACUCAGGUACCCAUUCUGGUGGAAAUCAUGGUCAUACUCCAUCACAAAAGCUUAAAAGUUGCCUACCUUUACAGUGUUGGUGCAACAUGAAGCUCAAUCAAACAAAUUUAAUUCAAAUGUUGCUGCUGACGUGUAACAACUUUAUUUAGAAAAUAUGUAUAUGCUAGAUGUAAAUAUACGCCCCAUUCCCCAUCUUAGUUUUGUUGUAUUUUAUAGUCUGUCGCUCGCAUCGAAUCAAGUACUUUUUGUAUAGAAAAAUGUUAAUUAAACCGACGUUAGGGGUCACAGGAGAUGUUUUGUAGUAUUUCAUGAAUUAAUCAAGUCAAACUGGCUCAGAAAUUUUCGUAUAUAUCCGUAUAUUUCUAAUCGUUUUUCGAUCUAAAUUACUGCCUUUGUCUUUGCAUAUAGUUUCAAAAAUGCAAGUAGAAUUUUUUACAUGGAUGCGCUUAAAUUGAAUGCUCAUAUGCACCUUUUAAUGGAAACAUAUUUACUCAGAUUCAUUUAAGUUCAAUUUAUAUUUUCUGUGAGCGAGUUUGUAUAAAUUGUCGAGCGGUCUCUGUCUUUAAUUAUAUCAACUUUAUAAGCAAAAUGCAAGAACAGGCUCAAUCAAACCGAGCCUGUAACAUUUUCAAUUUUGCCGUGUUGGGCUUUCUUUAGGGAUUCUGUAUGUAUCUAUUUUUUGUUAAUAAAAUUAUGUUUUCUUUUGAUAUGAUAUCAUUAUUGAAAAAUACGAUAAAUUGUAUUGACAGGAAUAUAACAGUUUUUGUAUUUUCUGAUCGCAGAUCAGAAAAUUCAAUGCUGACAUUUAAUCUCAGAAACAGAAUUUUCACGACAAACCUAACAACAAGUAGUUCUCAAAACAGCUUAAAACUAGCCAUGUUAAAGAAAGAAAUAUUUUUAUUUUGUUACAAGAAUCAAACAAAUUACAACGCAUUCAAAGUUUAAAAGUAGCGUUGGCUUAUAGAAUUGUCAAAUCACCAAUUACGCGGAUGAA